CCGAAAUCUUUGGAUAGUAUGACCGCAACACUCCGCACCCGCCACGAUACCCGCACACCCAGGCAGCUCUUCAAUGAGCUCCUCGUAAUCAAUUGCGCCCGAAACCCCCGAAUGGACACCGUCUGAACUGGCUCCCUCUGACACAAUGCUCGACCUCUCAUGUCCCUCUUCCGCACCCUCGACCGGACCUCUGCAGUCUCCAAUACCACCCUUGCACGCCCCUUCCUCACGUUCCUGUACCCGAAUUCUGAGAAGAAAACAGCAAAGAGACGGUUCAGCAAGAAGGCGAUAGACAAUGCUCCGUUACCCGAUAGGCCGUCUGCUCGCAUGGACACUUUCUUCAUCCAGGCAUUGGUGCGGGCCGGAUCAUGCCCAAAGCAUGCAAAGCAUAUACAUACCCCGCGCGAGGUAGCAUCGUCGACACCGAAACACCAAACAUCACGAAGGAAGAGCACGUGGGCCAAGUCUGAGAAGAAGCUCGACAUUCUCCCCGAGCGCAAAGGACCGCUCAAGAAAGUCAAAAACUUCGCUGAGAAGGAGCUGCAAGCCUUGGUAGACUACUAUGGCAUGGAAAUUGAUACUCGGCCUGAAGCUGAUAUUCCCGACGAGGGAAAGCUGGUAUGGAAUGUUGGUGAUAGCCACGAACCCUGGCCCCUCCGCGACCCAGCAGAUGCUCUGCAUAUCAAGAAGUUGGAGACGCUGCUGAACGAUGACGAGUCGCUGCACGACGAGGUGUUUGAUACGUACAAGAAGCUGCAGUCACCAGGAGUCGUGUACCUUACUACCGUUACUAUUCGAGCGCUACUGCACCAUCUCGCUAUUGUCGAACGACCCACACCCAUCGCAGCGCAACGGUUUCUUUCAGUCCUAGACGAUAUGAAGACGGCGCAUAUACAUAUAGUACGCUCAGAGUGGACAUCGGCCAUACAUCUCACCGGACGCGCCAUGGGAACCGUGUCCGAUGACGACCUGCAAAACACGCUUCGCAUUUGGCAGGAUAUGGAGCACCGAGCUGGUCUAAAGGGUGGAUAUGUCACAUUCAACGUGCUCUUCAACAUUGCUGUUAAGGCGGGCAAGUACACACUUGCUGAGACCUUUAUGAAAGAGAUGCAAGCCCGAAAGCUACCCAUGCAUCGACAUUACCGCGUAGCACUCCUCUACUACUACGGCGUUCUCCAGAACGGGGAUGCCGUCCGGAAAGCAUAUCUAGAUCUCGUCUCAGCCGGCGACGUCGUAGACACCGUCGUCAUGAACGCCGUCGUAGCAUCACUAAUGCGCGCCGGCGAGCCCUCGGCCGCCGAGCACGUUUUCGAGCGCAUGAAGCGACUCCACGCACAGCGCAGCGCCACAGCCCGAGGCCACGUCUUCUUCAACCGCAACUGGCGGGACCGCCGCGUCCUAGGCAUGAAAUUCCGCGACGAAGCACGCAGACUCAAGAAAGAAGGUGGAGACGAAGAACUAAAGCAACUCCAAGAUCUCGCGCCCAUCGGUCCUGAUUCAAGGACUUAUGGGAUACUGAUACGACAUCAUGCAGCUGUAGCCGGUAAUAUCGACCGCGUCAACGAGCUCCUCCAGGAAAUGAAAUACAACUCCGUAUCCCUCGACGGCACAAUCUUCAUCGUCAUAUUUCACGGCUUUAACUCUUUCGGCGGCGUCAGAUACUCCUCCUGGACACUCUCCCGCCUGGAAAAGAUCUGGACCCAAUACCUCAGAGCGCUCAACAGCGAUAUGGAGCGUACCUGGCUGUCCAGUCUGGCUGUCAUCGCGGCGCUCCGUGCAUUCGGUAGAUGCGCACCCCCCGAACGCAUACUCAAGGCGUGGGAAGAGAUUCGCGCGUUGUGGCAUCCGGAUGAACGGGAACUUGAGGCUGCGUUGACGGUGCUGAGGAAACUUGUGCCGAGUCAGUUGGACGGUGGGAAUAUGGAUGAGGUGGCUAGGCCGGGGUUCUUUGAUGGACGGAGGCCGUCUUGAGGGAUGGCUGCUUGUAUUAACAGUUGUGUUGUUAGUGUAACACGCGUUUUGUCUCACUAUUCUCUUCUUGGUCUGUAAAUAUAUUGGUUGCUAUCCAGACUGCGAGGCACGUGUAUGUACAUUUGGAAUAUGUCGCCGUAUACACCGGUGAAGUCGCGGUGGGAUAGACGGAAAUGGCUGUUUAGUGUAUCAUUAUCAUCAUUGUCAUCACGCUGUACCGUCUCGCACCCUGCUCUACCUACUUCCUACUCCAACACCACAAUCAAACAAGAUAAGAUACCCAACCAAACCAAACCCAGCAUCACCCUGCCCAUCUUACCAUGCUUCCCUCCCCAUAUUUACGCAAUCUCAAAUCAAAGGAAAUGUAACAGGGAUAUAUGAUGGAG